AUGAAAAUCAACCUUCAAACGGCGGCACUCGCCCUCGCGUGCGCUCCUCUCGCGUGUGCCCUGAACGUCACCAUACUUGCGGAUACCAACCGGGAUGGAAUCAUCGAUGCCAAGACGGAUGCCGAAAAGAAAGCCGAGUGGAGUGAGACGAGAGGUGCCCUUUUCUUGCCCAACAUCGGAGACGCGGAUGCUCAUUGCCACGAUGAGCUAUUCGACGUAUUUUCAAACCUCAAUCAUAGCCUCGAUUUGUCGGUCAACACCGAAAUCCUGGGCAACGCGGUCGAGUCUUGCAACGACGCUUCAGACGAUACUCAACGCAACCCACAAUACCUGGCUCCCAUCCUGGUCCUCGCGAACUGCAAGGUCAGCCCCAGUGCAACAGGCUCUGUCCACGUGACGAACGACCUGGCCGCCAAGAAGGUCCGCAUCUUCCAAAAGGAUGGCGACGCCUGGAAAUACAUUGCAGCAAAUCACAUCUUCACGGCACAGGAGCUCAGGAAAGGCUUGUCCCUUGGUAUUGACGCGCGAGAUGUCCGACGUGCUGGCGGCUGGGAUGGCACUGCCGUCGUCCAUAUGACCGUGACCGACGGGGCCGAGGAGGCCACGGAUGCUGUCGCUUUCCGCGUGGCCCCAGUUCUGACACACCACCACGCCCAAGACGUGGAGCAGUUCAUGUCAACAGCCGCUGCUGACGAUGACGUUGACAGCGCCCAGGCCUACUUUGUAAAACAACUUGAGAAGGACGUUGCCGACGCAGGGUUCAGUGAACCCGUCACCCUCAUGUCCAGCGACGAAGAUGAACCCACGACGCAGGACUACUUUGAGUCGGGGUACGCCAGUAUCCCUGGCCCUCACGGUCCCGUCGUGAUCCGCAUCGUGAUCCGGUCCGCCCAGUGGCACCUCUUCCCUGGUGUCGAGGCAAUCGAUCGCCUGCGAUCAGACACCGUGGGCGCCGUGCAGCAACCUUUGUUGUCGGGCAGCCCCACUGACUCGUUGGGGAACCUCGAGACCAUCCCCCCCUACACGCACAACGGCAAAUCGUACCCCGCCGGCCGCAUCAUCAUGGGCGCCGUGGACGGCGUCAAGCCGCUCAUCUUUCCCUUCCUCGAAGCGCAGGAGUUCCAGGUGCCCCUCCUGCUCGACGUGUCUUGGUUGGCUACCCCCCAAGUCGACAAGUUCCUCCAGUUCCUGCCGGCGGACAACGAGCGCGGCUGGGUUCUCAUGAUCAACGAUCCCAACGCCGGCCUCGAGCUCCUCGCCCGCGCCUCACGCGACGGCCACGGCGGGCUGCCCGCCGUGUCCCGGCCAGUACUGCCCACCACCUUCGGCUGCAAGUUCAUCGAGACGGUCGACGAGGUGUUGGGCUUGGCCGAGAUGGCGAUCAUUACACGCAACGUGACGGUCCGCAUCGAAGACAACAUCGCGAUCCUCAAGCGCGAGACGGGCCUCUCGGACGACGAAAUCUUCCGCGUGCCCGCCCUGUUCUACCCAGUCGAUCACCAGGUCUUCAACUGCGAUGAGGAGGCAGGAAACACCGCGCCCGCCGUGAGCGACAGCAAGUCGCUCAAAGCAGGCCCAGCGGGGCGCGCCGGGUCCAUCAUUGAUGCGUCCCUGCCGCUGCGGAAAAGGGAAAAGGAACUCGUACGCAGACAGGAGAACUUCGGCAGAGGGGUCUUGACGGUAUACCCGAAUGCCAUCAACAGCAUCGUGCUGACGGCGAAUCACACGGUCCUGGCGCCCAAUCCGUUCGGUCCUGUCAUUGAUGGCGUGGACAUAAUCGCCGAGGCCAUCACGGCAGCGUACGCAAGGGUCAACUUCAAGGUGACGUACAUAGACGACUGGUUCUCUCAUUAUAUGAGCGCCGGGGACGUGCACGACGGCACCAACGUGUGGCGUGACGCCAGCAUGCCUUGGUGGGGAUAG